AGGGUAGCUGUGCUUUCCAAACAGCUUUUAAGUCUCAGGCUUAAUUUUUUUUUAAUGGUUAAGUUAGGAUAAUAAUUUGGUUUACCUCAUGGAGUUGUUGGAAGAGCGAAUCCAAAACAACGCAAGGAGAUUGCCUGUCAUAGAUGACAAACCCGAGGACAAACCAGAUAAGAAGCCAGAGGACUCAGGCAAAAACCCAGAGCCAGAUUUCCCCAAAUUCCUAAACAUCCUGGGCACAGAAAUCAUUGAGAAUGCGUUUGACUUCAUCCUGCGCUCCAUGAGAAGGGGAACGCUCCAACCCGUAACCUCAUCAUGGCAACCACCAUGAUCAAGGUCAUGAGCAACCACUUCUCUGUUAAUUGUGCUGGAUGAAAGGUUGUAGACACUGAAUUAUAAUGUGAAGUUUAGCUCAAAGUCACACGGCAGACACUCGGCCCAACUUCAGCCAUUUGGGCAUUCGGAGAGGGAACCAACACAA